AUGCCGAGGAACAUGAUGUCAGACUUUUCCGGCAUGGUGUGCGAACUUCCUCCGAAGUGUCAAUUCGGGAACUUUGGGAAAAGCAGCAGCCAGCUGGAGAACGGAAAGGGCCGUUCGAGGCACAGAAGUUCCAACUUGGAGGACGAUGAGACCCUGAGAUACCUCAGUCACGAGGAAAAAGAUGUCCUCCUGUUCUUUGAAGAAACGAUUGAUGCUCUGGAGGAUGACUUGGAGGAACAAGCUCUUCGCCUUCACUCUCCAAGGACAACGCAAGAAAACGCACCCAGCCCUUCGGAGCCAGAAGAGAUCAUAGACUUGGUCCGGUCAGUGCCUGAGAACAGCAGUCAAGACGUUAUUUGCAGUCGACACACAGAAGCAGACUCGGAGGAGGUUUGCAAACUAGAUAAACAUCAGCUGGAGGUCAACAGUGCCCCUGAUGGAAACGUCUGCGCUGAUGCUGUUGUCCCUUCUGUUGUCCCUUCUCCAGCUCUCCCGUCAGCGCCUCCAUUGCCCAUCUACGAGGGGUAUCCUACUUCGGUCCCCGCGCAGCACCCUAGACUGCUUCGUUCCGUCCCCACCCCGCUUGUGAUUGCUCAGAGAAUGUCUGAAAACCACGGGGAGGGCGGCCCUUUCUCUCCCGGUUCCCCGAAGGAGAAGAAAUCCGUAGAGCGGAGGACGCCCGCUUCUUCGCCGAAGCGGAACGGAGGGCGAUUCACGCCCUUCAAGUCGUCCGUUCCCCCUCCGACCCUGCCCAAGCCCCAGAGGUUUCCCAGCAACAUCAGCAUCACCAACCUGAGCGAAAGAGAGUUCAACAAGACUAUCUCUAGGGCCGCAGUCAACGUCCAGGAACUCAAAGCCCAGGUGUUAGCCAACGUCAACGGUUCAGUCUUGGUGAUCAGUGAGCUGGAAGAGAGACUUCAGAAACACGAGUUCUCAGGUCCCAGUAGAAGUUCGUCUUUACGGGACUUGUCUUCGGAGCAAGCGAGGAAUGACACGUUGAGUAAACCCGGCCUCGCCGAAGAAACUCUGGUUCAGGCUAAGUCUCACCCAGAGAAAUCUCCAAGCGUUCCCACACCAAAGGAUGAAAGACCCAAAGAGCCGCCGGCCCUGUUGAAUGGCUACCGAAACAUUCACGACAUCUUAAAGCGCGAGCCUGAUCCGUUCCCCAGCGCGAGCAAAACCGUGGCGUUCAAACCAGAUGCCGCUCUCGCGGAGGGCAAGCUCCCUCGGCAGAAUGCCAAGAGCUUUUGUGACCACCGGCAGCCAGAUAUCGCCCUGGAGGUGAGGAAGAGGUCUGGCUCGCUCCCUAGGCCCUCCGGACUGAGACCCCAAGGCGUCACCGUACAGUUCUCCGGCCGCGGCUCAACGGAGGAAGCGAGGAGGGAGGCUCUGCGGAAACUUGGGCUUCUGAAGGAUUAA